CAAAUGGCUCUCUUCAUCUUCCUUGGCAUUUGCCUUUCUUGUUUGAUUUUUCUUUUCCUAUGGAAUCAACACCAUGGUAAAGGGAAGCUCCCACCUGGACCCAUUCCCCUACCAAUUGUUGGAAAUAUUUUGCAAGUGGAUUUAAAAAAUAUCAGUAAAUCUCUUAGCUUGCUAGCGAAAGAGUAUGGCCCUGUGUUCACCGUGUACCUGGGCAUGAAGCCCACUGUGGUGCUGUAUGGAUACGAAGCACUGAAGGAAGCUCUGCUUGACCGUGGAGAUGAGUUUUCUGGCAAAAUGCAAUCAGCUAUCCUCAGUAAAGUCAGCCAAGGGUUAGGCAUUGCCUUUAGCAAUGGGGAAACCUGGAAGCAAACACGGCGUUUCUCCUUCAUGGUCUUAAGGUCUAUGAGAAUGGGAAAGAAAACUAUUGAAGACCGAAUUCAGGAAGAAGUUCUUUGUCUGGUAGAAGCAUUGAGAAAAACCAAUGGGUGUCCUUGUGACCCUAGCUUUCUUCUCUCCUGUGUUCCCUGCAAUGUGAUCUCUGCUGUCAUUUUCCAGCAUUGUUUUGACUACAAUGAUGUGCUAUUCAAAGACUUCAUGGAACGUUUUGGGAGUACUAAACUUUUAGCAUCUCCUUGGACCCAGCUGUGCAGUGCCUACCCUGUUUUAUAUUAUCUCCCAGGAAGCCAUAAUGAAUACUUUAAGAUUUACUCUGAACAGAAAAAUUUCUUUUUGAUGGAAAUAAAAAGGCAUCAAGAAUCUCUGAACCUCAGUAGCCCUCAGGACUUUAUUGACCAUUUCCUGAUUAAAAUGGAAAAGGAAAAACACAAUAAAAAGUCUGAAUUUACUGUGGACAACCUGAUCAUCACCAUAGCUGAUCUUUUUGGUGCGGGAACAGAGACCACGAGUUCCACAAUGAAAUACGGACUUUUGCUCCUACUGAAGCACCCAGAGGUCACAGCUAAAAUUCAGGAAGAAAUUGCACGUGUGAUUGGCAGCCAUCGGAGGCCCUGCAUGCAGGACAGGAAUCACAUGCCCUACACAGAUGCUGUGCUGCAUGAGAUCCAGAGAUACAUUGAUUUUGUUCCCAUUCCCGCUCCACGUACAACAACACAGGAUGUACAGUUCAGAGGAUACCACAUUCCCAAGGGCACAGGUGUAAUGACAUGUCUGACUUCUGUCCUGCAUGAUGACAAAGAGUUUCCCCACCAAGAGAAGUUUGAUCCUGGCCACUUUCUGGAUGAGAGAGGCAACUUAAAGAACAGUGACUAUUUCAUGGCUUUCUCAGUAGGCAAAUGACAUCUCAAAGCUACUCUGAGCUGAGAAAAGGAUUUUGCUUCCAGAACACCCAUGAGAAGCUCAGCCGUGGCAGCAUUGUGAAGCUAUGGGAGGGAAUUAAAUAGGAUGCCAAUGAGGUACAUGGUCCCCAAAGGUUUACUGUGAUGCUGCCCUGUUCCAUCUAGGCCAGAGGAAGAAAGCAUGGUCACCUCUGCUUGGUUUUGGCAGGGAAGGGAAUCUUACACCAAGUUUACAAACAACCCUGGAGUGCUCAACUAUCUUCUCUCUAAUGGGAAAUCAGGUCUGGUUCUUUGGAAAUAAGGGCAGCUGGGAAGGGUGACAUUCCUUUGUAUUUCACUUUUCUAACACUUUUGAGGGCCAUGAAGCACCUUUCUGAGUCAUAGCACCUUAGCUUUUAGACAGAUGUGAAGAAAUGAUAGAUCCGUAUGCUCCACGUGCUAAUGCCGGUGGAGGCUUGUUGUUAAAUUAUAUAUACAGAAAUUUACAGGAUAAAUUAAAAUCCAAGGCUUUCUAAAGAGUUAAAUACACGUAAUUAGAAUAUACUCUCUGAUGCACAUAUUGAUAACCCUACCGAGAAUGGAGGACUUGUUUGUGAUCUGCAGAGCACAAUCUGUCCACCAGGCCAACCAGAGCUGAAUGAAAAACCACCCAGCAGUUAGGCAGAUCUCUCAUGAUCUGGGGUCCCGCCAAUGUUGCCAAAGAAAGAUACCAACUCUCGUUUCUACAGGCCAAAUCUUCUUGGCUAGCUAACGGAGGUGGCACCAACAGCUUUGGUCUCUCCAAAGUAUCUUUCUACUACCAAGAAUCAUGUAACUUAGGCGAUAGUGCCAGUGACUCUAUGGUACCAAUGGUUACAGUAAAAUUGGAGACCCGUUUAGUAGGAAUUGGAAUGAGUCCCUUAUUCAGUCCACCUGAGCCACCUCCCCCCAGGUCAUUUCAAGCUGAAAAGUUUGUAGUCACAUGGCCUCCUCCCAUGAUCUUUCUUAUAUCUCUGAUUAUAAGGCAGGUAAAGCAAAUGGAGGUACAAACAGGCUUGGGGAGGGGAUCAAAUUUUUUGCUGUAUAUCAGGCAAUAAACAUGGCACCCAGAAUAAACCCUACUCUCCAAAUUA